AUAAAAAAAAACAACAAAAUCACAGAAAAAUAAACAAAUUUAUAGAAACAUUUAAAUUUUGUUUAUUUUUUGUAAUAUUACAACAAAUAAAAUGAAUUGCAUGGAGAAAUUGGAGAACCACCAAUGUCGUACAUGUUACAAUGCAACCAAAGGUUUAAGACUCCUAAAAAAUCUCACCAAAUGCUCUGGCAGCCAACAACAGAAAUCCUAUGCUGAACUCCUAAAAGAAGUCUCUAGCAUUAAUAUAAUGGAUGAGUCUUAUAAGGAACUGCCACAAUUUAUAUGCGACAGCUGUUCACGCAAACUGAAAGCGUCUCAUGCAUUUAUCCAACAAACCCAUGAAGUUAAUGAACGGCUUAUGUUGAUGUUAAUGGGAAGGGAGGAGACGAAUAAUCAAUUGGAUUGUUUAGAGGAAGCACAGGUGGACAUACAGUCAUGUUUGGAAAUAAAAAUGGAACAUGAUGACGCCGUUGCAGAGGAAAAGUCUGAGGCAAAAUGUCAUGUUAAACUUAAGUUGGAAGAACCCGAAGAACUUCCACAAAUUAAUCACAUCAAUGUAGACGAAAUGAGUGAAAAGAAGCAAGGUGAUGAUGAUAAUGACACUGUGGAAAUAGUAACCUUAACAGAAACAAACGAUCCAAAGUCGGUUUCAAAUGAUGCCGACAAUUUAAACACCGAAGACAUAUUAAAUGUAGAAGCAGUAAAAGAAGCCGAAAAUUCAAUGACUGAUGCAAUUCUGCAAAAUGAUUUAUUAAUAGAUGAUGAAGAGGAUGACGAUGAUGACAAUGAUGAUGAUGAAGAUUAUCAAGAUAAUCAAACGGAAGAUUUGGAUUGGCAAACAGAUAAAAAAGUUAUUAGUCCCAGUAAUAAAAGAGAAGACAAGAAAAUUACCAAAAAAUCCAAAAACUCGGAAGAAACAAUUGGAAAAGCUGUAGAAGAUGAUGAUGUGGCCGUACCCUGCAGUCAGUGUAAUAAAAUAUUUAAUAAUUCCAAAGCUCUAGCACGCCAUCAACGCACUAGUCACAUACCAGAAGAUCAAAAAUGUACAUGUCCUUUGUGUUUUCGAAAAUUUUCACGUUCCUGCAAUAUGUAUACACAUAUGCGUACGUUUCAUGGUCCCGACACCGUGCCUCUCAUACGCAAACCAUCAACACAAGAAAGAAUCUUUCAGUGUGACAAAUGCCCAAGGAAUUAUACCAAGAAGAAACACCUUAAUAUACAUAUAAAAAAUAAACACAGUCAAGAAAAUGUAGAUAAGGAAAAAAUUUCGGAAAAAUCAGCAGAAGAUGAUAAGGAGGCGCCUAUUGAUGAAACGGCUACUAAACCCAAUAAACCGAAACGAUAUGAAGUGCGCUCCUUAUGUUCCAUAUGCGGCAGUUCGUUUUCGAGUAAAACCCAUCUCAUUGUACAUAUGCGACGUCAUACGGGAGAGCGGCCAUUCAAAUGUGACCUCUGUGAACGUGCUUAUCCACGUAUAUCCGAGUUAACCUGCCACCGACGCAUACAUACGGGCGAAAAACCUUUUGCCUGUAAAAUAUGUGGUAAAACUUUCCGGGUUUCCAGUAAAAUGACUACACACAUGCGUUCGCAUACAGACAUACGACCCUAUAAAUGUACGCAAUGUGAACGCAGUUUUAAAUACUCCAAAGAUUUAAGUAUACAUUUUCGUAUACACACGGGUGAACGGCCCUAUUGUUGCAAUGUUUGCGGUAGCACGUUUACGCAAAGUAAUACACUAAAAGCACAUCGUGUCAAAUUGGGUCACAUGGACAGUGUCUUGGAAAAUACCAAUAAUUUAGUAUAGAUAUAUAAAGUUAUAAGAAAUACUUUGUAAUAAA